CAAUACGUUCAAUCUUCCCCAAAUCUGACAGCCCCUAUCAAAACAUAACCUGUUUUCUUCAAAUAUUGUUGCAAAAGAAGUGAAAAUGUAGUUUUGAUUUAGUGUUGAUGUCGAAAUAAUUGAAUCAAGUAAAAUGAACGCAUUGUGGGUCGGUUCGGACGUCGAUUUGCCCACUUUGCACAAAUGUAGGCUGGCUGAAAAAUUGGAAUUUCGUUUAACUUGUCUGGUGAACAAUAAGGCUCGCAGUGAACAUUCCAUGAAAACCUACGAUGAAGUCUUCGACCGUUUGGACUAUGAUAGCAGUCCAAAGCAGACAAGAUCUGGCACAUGGCCAAGAACAAGAUCUCUCAACGCACCAUCACCAGUACAACAUUUUGGACCAUGUGGGCGAAUUAUGAAAAAUUCGGCCAUGGUUAUGACAAUCCAGGACCCAGCUAGCCAAAGGUUGACAUGGUACAAGCCGCCUUUGACUGUUCUGGUCAUAAAGAAGGUGCGAGAUGCCACAGUUUACUCCCCUUUUGUUAAAUUAGUGCAAUGGCUCAUACAGGUAAGCAAACGAUCCUGAACUAGGAAAAUAAUCACCGGCAUUAUAGUCAUAUUUGCCAAGGUUGUGAAUUGCGAAAAACCACAAAAAUGUUAACUGGCUAUUAAGCAAUAUUGACUGUUUCAAUUGGGAAGUUUUUACAUAAUAAUAGCGGAAAUGUACCUAUAUUUAGAUGCCCACGAAAAAAUACAUUUGUGGUCAUCUAACCCAGGCCAGGUCGUUCAAUUACGUGCGUGUGUUCUUCUACGCUCGUACUGUUUAAACUUUCCAUUUCUUGUCUUUUGCCUUGACACAGAAACACUAGUGUUUUUGUUACGUUU